UCGGUAGGAGCGACGCGCACUUCUCUGAUAAUCUUAGUAUAGUUACCGCAACUGUUUUGAAUUUUGACGCUACGAUUUGUGCGGAGAAAGAAGGAAAAUAUGACAAGUGUCAACAAUAUCAAUGUUUUUUAUCCACUGGAUGGUGCCUCGGAAGAGGAUAAGAAAAUAUUGGAACCGAUCGAAUAUAUUCUUCAAUCUCCAAUAGUACAAAUAACAAACAAUUUAAUUCUGGCGUUUAACUAUUGGUUAAAAAUACCAAAAGAUAAAGCUCAAGAAAUAAUUGAAAUAACACAUAUGUUGUAUAUAGCAGACGUAAUAUUGGAUGAUAUUCAAGACAAUUCUGAUAAGCGAUAUGGAAUUGCUGCUGCUCAUUCUGUUUAUGGAAUUGCGAGAACAACAUCUGCAGCACAUUGUACAUUAUUCAGUGCUUUGAAAAGAAUGGCUAAUUUGCAACAUUUUGAGGCAUUAAAAAUAUGCAUAGAAAUGGUAUUGGACGCUUUUAAAGGCCAGGGAAUAGAAAUAGUAUGGAGAGAUAAUUUUACCUGUCCAAGCGAGGAAGCUUACAAAAACAUGAUAGAGAAAAAAAUUUCUACAUUUUUUCACAUGUGCGUGAAAGUAAUGCAACAGUUUUCAACCUGUGAUAAAGACUUUUCAUCAUUAACAAGAACGUUAGGAUUAUAUUUCCAAAUAAGAGAUGAUUAUUGCAAUUUACGUUCUUCUGAUGUAAUUUUUUUCUUCAUAUAUUACACUGAGGAGAAAGGAUAUAGCGACGACUUAACUGAAGGCAAAUUUAGCCUUGCAAUUAUACAUGCCUUGCAUAGUAAACCUGAGGACAAUGAAAUAAAGAAUAUCCUGAGAAAACGGACAAAGAAUAUAGAGAUGAAACGCCAUUGCAAUAAAUUGUUAGAAGAAUGCGGUUCGUUUGAAUAUACCAGAAAGGUAUUGGAAGAAUUGAAUGCAAAAGCAAGAGCUGAAAUCGAUCGUUUAGGAGGCAAUCCGUUAUUAAUAAAGAUUCUCGACGAUUCUGAUCAACUAGGACAUAAAAAUACCUUACUAUUAUAAAAAAUACGAUAGAAUAUACAUAUUAUCGUCAAGGUACAAAAAUAUCAUAUAUAAUUUUGCAAACAAAUAAAAGAUUUGUAUUACUGGGAUGUAUUACUGAAAAUAUAUAUGUAUAAGGUGCCAAUACAAAAGAAAACUUAAUUUUG